GUUUCCCUCCCGGUCUCCCCAAUCCUCCAGCGCACUUUCCCCGGAAGGCAGUGCUGAAAAGGAUCGGGGAAACACCAGUAGGCACAUUGCGCCUGCGCAUAGGAGGGCCGGAAGUUGAGGCCGAAGUGACUCUACUUCCGUUUCUGGUUUUGCUCCAGUGUUUGGGUUUCUUCGCGGCCGCCCAAGAUGAACCGAUUCUUCGGGAAAGCGAAACCCAAGGCUCCGCCGCCCAGCCUGACUGACUGCAUUGGCACGGUGGACAGCAGGGCAGAAUCCAUUGACAAGAAGAUUUCUCGAUUGGAUGCUGAGCUAGUGAAGUAUAAGGAUCAGAUCAAGAAGAUGAGAGAGGGUCCUGCAAAGAAUAUGGUCAAGCAGAAAGCCUUGCGGGUUUUAAAGCAAAAGCGGAUGUAUGAGCAGCAGCGGGACAAUCUCGCCCAGCAAUCUUUCAACAUGGAACAAGCCAAUUACACGAUCCAGUCAUUGAAGGACACCAAGACCACGGUUGAUGCUAUGAAACUGGGAGUAAAAGAAAUGAAAAAGGCGUACAAGCAAGUGAAAAUUGAUCAGAUUGAGGAUUUACAAGACCAGCUAGAGGAUAUGAUGGAAGAUGCAAAUGAAAUCCAAGAAGCACUGAGUCGCAGUUAUGGCACCCCAGAAUUAGAUGAAGAUGACCUGGAAGCAGAGUUGGAUGCAUUGGGUGAUGAGCUUCUGGCUGAUGAAGAUAGUUCCUACUUGGAUGAAGCAGCAUCUGCACCUGCAAUUCCAGAAGGUGUUCCCACUGACACAAAAAACAAGGAUGGAGUUCUGGUGGAUGAAUUUGGAUUGCCACAGAUCCCUGCUUCAUAGACUUGCAUCAUUCAAGUACAUCAUAUAAAACAAACAUACAUGAUGGGACUGGGAAAUAUUUUAUCUUUCCAAAUUUGCCAUAACAGAUUUAGGUUUCUUUCUUUUCUUUGAAGAAAAGGUUAAUUACAUUGCUCUUUUUUUUUUCCCUCAUUAGAAGACUCAUCACUUGGGAGAUGCUUUCUUUGUACUAAACUUUGAUUCCUUUUUCUCUUACAAAAGACUAACUACUUAAAAGUAUCUUGGGCUUUGUAUGACUUUAUUUUCAUUCAUUAAUAAUCACUUGAAAUAAAACCAAGGAAAUGGGACUCUUUAAAAUCUAUGACAGUGUAAUGCUACAGUAUCAAAAUGACCUGAUAAAUUCAUAACAGGAAAAUGAAAUUAUUGAGGCUGUUCAUAUUCUGAUUCAAAACCAUUUUCUAUUGUGGUAUUAUAGGUCAGUUAAAGUGAUAGCCUUUUUCUGAUGAGUUUUGUUGUGUCUUGUGAGGAAAUCAUUACUGUGCCCAAUAUUGGAAUGGAAGUAUCACUGCUGUAUCGUGAGUAGAUAUUUUGAUUCUAUGGUUCCCUCAGUAUUACAGCCUGACUUGUAAUCAAUAAUGAAUAUUUCUUGAUAUUUAAUGUAUAGGACAUUUAUUUAUGCUCAAUAAAUAUUUUUCAAAAGGA